GUGUUGAGCUCGACAAUGGGCGGAAGUAAAGACUGACUCCCACUGACAGACUGAACCAAGUUACUGCUCGCUGGUGCCAACGCCCGGCGAAACCGACAGCCAACCUUUGCAAGCAGAGUUACGGGUAAAAUAGUUCUCAGUUGCUAACAGCAGCAGAAAGCACAGAGAUGCAGACGAUCAAAUGUGUUGUGGUGGGUGAUGGUGCAGUAGGAAAAACCUGCUUGCUGAUUUCCUACACCACCAACAAAUUCCCUUCUGAAUAUGUACCAACAGUAUUUGACAACUAUGCAGUAACUGUAAUGAUUGGAGGUGAACCAUACACUCUGGGGUUAUUUGAUACAGCAGGUCAGGAGGAUUACGACAGGUUGAGACCCCUAAGCUACCCUCAGACCGACGUCUUCCUAGUUUGUUUCUCCGUUGUGUCACCCUCUUCCUUUGAGAAUGUUAAAGAAAAGUGGGUUCCUGAGAUAACUCACCAUUGUCCCAAGACCCCAUUCCUUUUGGUAGGCACACAGAUUGACCUCCGUGAUGACCCCUCCACAGUGGAGAAGUUGGCCAAGAACAAGCAGAAGCCGAUCACCCCAGAGACGGCAGAAAAGCUGGCUCGUGACCUCAAGGCAGUCAAAUAUGUGGAGUGCUCAGCCCUAACUCAGCGAGGACUGAAGAACGUAUUCGAUGAGGCUAUCCUAGCCGCAUUAGAGCCCCCCGAAACUCAGAGAAAGAGAAAAUGCUGCUUGUUCUGAUGUCUCUGAACGGCUUGCUUUGCCUCUCGAUUGUCUGCUGCUUAUUGAUAGUAAAGAAAUGUCCAUCACGUGCAUUUCUUUGAAACUCUGUGCCCGUUAACAGUUUUCUUUCUGUUUGUGUGCUCUCUUUUCCACUUUGUCUAACCACGAUCACACAUGUGGCCUAAGAUGACAGAAUGCCAAUGUUAAACUUCACUUUGUGUGCAAAUGGAUACAAUUGGAUACAACUAAGAGUUUUUUUUUUUUAAAGUUGAUGUUAACUAGGUACUGAGCUCAUGUGUUGUAUCCAAUAAGAAACAUUUGUUGUUUUUUUUGUCUUACAGUUGUAGUGACAUUUUAUUUCUUUACUGCUAGAUCAAGAUCUUUACUCAUCUUGAUCAUGGAGAGAAUCUUACAAAACAUGAUCUGAAUAAAGGAAAUCUUUCAUUGCCCUGCCUCAUUUCUACUCCCACAGCUUGUUUUAGGCUCUAGCAGGAGCACAUUUGUUUGUCUGGACUACCUUUUUUGAAUAAUAACAUUUUGUUUUCACAGAAAGGAUUAAAGAAUGUGUUUGAUGAGGCAAUACUGGCUGCCCUGGAGCCUCCCGAGCCUAAGCAAAGGCGUAAAUGUGUUCUGCUCUGAGUUUCCUCACGCUGGUCCUCAUCCUUCUCUAAAUUUAACUCCAUGGGAUACAAGAGGGUUUUCUGCAGAAGCACAUUCCACCACAAGUUGAGAUAUAAAAUAUUAACCAUCCCACUGAGUUAACAUGAAAGCUUCUUUUUCUUAUGUAAAAUGAUUUUGAGACUGAAAAACCUUUGAUGUCACUUUAAAUGUACAUGAUGUAAAACCUUACUGCUUAGGCCGCCGACAAAUUGAAGACGGUUAAAACAAUUUUGGGAGGUUUUAUUCCAAAAGGACCAAUGUGGAUUCCAGGAGUCUUUUUUGUUGUUGUUUUUUUUCUUGUUUGAGUAUCAUGUAAAAACAAAUGCUUACAUUUUUGUGUAAUACUUUUUCCUGUUGAAAUUGUGACCUCAAGCUCCAGUUGGUUUAGACUGUAUUUCUCCUGUUUUGGUCAAAGAAGAAUUCUUCUCGCCAUCUGGAAAAGUUUUUUUUUUUUUUUUACUCCUAAGAGUUGGAUGUUCAACCCGUACGUAGGUUUCGAAGUUGUGUUCAGGAAAUUAAGCCGUUUGACUGUUGCUAUGGAAACUUUCAAAGCAUCCGGAUCAGAGUACUUUAAAACAGUUUGAGCACAUGGUUGUCCCCUUUUAGGUUUCCAACAGAAGUGUGUUGUGGAGGUGAUGCAAGUUGAAAAUGUCCGACUCAUUACCUCACCAUUAGCUAUUUAGCAUCAUUUACGCUUUCAGAUCUUAAUGGACCGAACUAAGUGAAGUUUUGACUACACUCAAACCUAUUCAAGGGUGAGGGCUUGAAUUUGUUAAUAUAAUUGGGAUAACUUAUUUACUGAAAGUGUAUUACUAAUGGGGUUCAAUGAAACCCAGAUGGAAUUGCCAGGAAAAUGCAUCUGGUUUGUGUUCAGUUUGACAAAGUUGUAUUGUUUGAAUUUUUUUCUUUUUGCUUGUAAAAGAACUACAAUAAAGCAGUAUUAUAAUUAUAA